UGCAGUUGGUCACCAAUGGCCGACUUGAAGUAAUUUGUAUGAUUGUGACAAAGGAUGCUCUGUUUGACAUCAUGUCCUCUAGUGCAUAUGAACUUUCAUGAGAUUUUUAUUAAAUAUUUUGGGACAUACGGAGGCUUGAAAAAUUAUUUUCUGAGAAGAAGAGUUUGACAAAUUUCUUAAUGGAGUUUAUAGACUCACAUGUGCACAAAGCAUGUAGAAUGAAAUAAAUGAACGUUGCACGUUGUGAAAAUUACUUACUCUUUGAAACAGUGAUUUCGUUGAGCCAUUUGAAGGGUCGCUAUAAAAUACAAAAUGAUAAAUAUGAAUAAUCGUAGGCGUAUACACAGUUUCACUUAUGUCAGCUCUUGUGUGAAAUACAUGAUCUUUAUACUUAAUUUUGUAUUUUGGUUAUUUGGAGGACUAUUGAUCGGAGUUGGCUUGUAUGCCUUUGUGGAUAAAUGGCAAGCUACGGGAUCUGUAAGAGUGGAGAAUGUUUACGAUGUAGUUUUAAACAUUUCCCUUGUGAUGGUGAUCGCAGGAGGUGUUGUUUUUAUUGUUAGUUUUGCAGGCUGUGUAGGAGCCCUUCGUGAGAAUACUUGUCUUCUAAAAUUUUAUUCAUGGUGCCUACUCGCCUUCUUCCUCCUCGAAAUGGGCGUAGCUAUAGUGGGUUUUGUAUUCCCCCAUACUCUGCAAUCUUUGUUAGAGGAAUCAUUUACUGACAAGAUUAUACAGAUGUAUCGGGAAGACCCUGACCUUCAAAAUUUUAUUGAUUUUGGUCAACAAGAAUUCAAAUGCUGUGGGCUGAGUCAAGAGGGCCAUAUGGAUUGGGGAAAGAAUGAAUAUUUUAAUUGCUCCAGUCCCAGUGUAGAACGUUGUGGAGUGCCAUUUUCAUGCUGUAUGAAUGCAACCGAUAUUUCUAGCGGACUGGUAAACAUAAUGUGCGGUUAUAAAGUACAGAUGCUCCCUGUAUCCGAGGCUAGCAAAAAGGUCUGGACGAGCGGUUGUAUAGAGAUCGUCCGCAGUUGGGCAGAGCGGAACCUUUACACUAUAGCAGGCAUCGCCCUAGGAAUUGCUUUGAGUCAACUUUUCGUCAUAUACUUGGCGAAGACUUUGGAAGGCCAAAUAGAGCAACAGAGGGCAGGCUGGUCUUCCUGAGCCUGACCACCGACCACCUACCGCUAUAGGACCAGUUCAUCCGUAAGCAGGCAGGUGGUCAGUCCGCGAUUGGAAGAUCAACGAUCGGAACAAGAGUCGCAGACUAGUGUGAAUGCCCGAAUGGCGUUGCUCGUCCUCUUUGCUAUCAUUCUUUACAUACUUUGCAUGUUAUCGCUGGUUAAACUCGUUUCCUUUUUCAAGACUUUCUUCCUUUCGUAUCUUGGAAGACAUUAAUCUCUUCAUUUCGUUGUACGAACGAGUCUGUGAAAACAAUAUGCGGUCUCAGAUGUAAUCUGCUACUCAGGUUCAGGCACUGAAGAAUUGUGAUGUUAUAUCCGUAUAUGUUUUCUGCUUUAAUAUUAUUCACUGAAAACCUAUUACAAAUUGCUAAAUCUAGCAAAUUCAUAUUGUAAGUUUUUUUUUUAUUUUGUUCAACGUCAUUAAGGGGGAAUUCUCGUGUAUCGUUUUUAAAAAGUAAUUUUAUUUUUUAAAUUGAAUAUACAAUGUCUCUAAAAUAUGCACACAUUUUAAGAUCGAGAUAAUGAUCUAAGUUACAGUCAUUUUAGUGAGAUGCGUUAGAUUAUUAAUUACGACGAACUAGUCGUUGUCUUUACAAAUGUAAAAAUAUCCGAAACAACUGUAAAUAUAACCGAGUAACGCACGUCAGAAUUCCUCAGUUAUAAUAUGCGUGCUGCCAAAUGCACAACACUUUGUUUCCUGAUUAAAUUUUUAAAUAGAAAAUAAAACAUAGGUCUGAGUGGACCGAAUCAUUUGAAACUUUA